CCGAAUAGGCAGCACCCGAGCGGACUCUGCUCAGGGGCUUGGGACCAGGAGGGGACCCCUCUGUUUCUGCUCUCGUAGUGGGGUCAUGGAUCUCCAGCUGACUACCAACAGCUCCGGCGACCGCGGGGGGUCCUCCAAUGAGUCCCUGUGGGCCGGAGCCAGGCAGCCCCCGAGCCAGUAUUCGCCCGCGGAGGUGGCCGGGUUGGCGGCGGUGGUGAGCUUUCUUAUCGUCUUUACGAUCGUGGGCAACGUACUGGUGGUGAUCGCCGUGUUGACCAGCCGUGCCCUGAAAGCACCCCAAAACUUGUUUCUUGUGUCCCUGGCCAGCGCUGACAUUCUGGUGGCCACUUUGGUCAUGCCCUUUUCGCUGGCCAACGAGCUCAUGAACUAUUGGUACUUCGGCAAGGUGUGGUGCGACAUCUACCUGGCGCUGGACGUUCUCUUCUGCACCUCCUCCAUUGUGCACCUGUGCGCCAUCAGCCUGGACCGCUACUGGUCCGUGACGCAGGCGGUAGAAUACAAUUUGAAGCGUACCCCGCGCCGGAUCAAAGGCAUUAUCGUGACUGUGUGGCUCAUCUCGGCCGUCAUCUCCUUCCCUCCGCUCAUCUCCCUGUACCGCGAUCCGGAGGACGACCAGUACCCCCAAUGCGAGCUCAACGACGAGACGUGGUACAUCCUUUCGUCCUGCAUCGGUUCCUUCUUCGCGCCCUGCAUCAUCAUGGUGCUGGUCUAUGUGCGCAUCUACCGGGUGGCCAAGCUGCGGACACGGACGCUGUCGGAGAAGCGCACGGUGCCCGAAGGCUCGUCCCAGACGGAGAACGGGCUCAGCCGGCCGCCCGUGGGGGCAGGGCCCUCGACCGCCGCCGCUGCCGCCGCCUCCUUGCGCCUCCAGACUGGGGAGAAUGGGCACUACCACCUCCACCAUCACCAUCACCACCUUCACCAUCACCACCACCAUCACCACCACCAACUGCGCAAGAGUGCCGAGCUCGAGGACAUCGAACUGGAGGAGAGCAGCACCUCUGAGAACCGGCGCAGGCGGCGCAGCCGAGAGGACGCUGCGGCCCGCAAGGGCAGCCGCGGCUUCUCUUUCUCCUUUUCCUCUACCAAAGGAGGCCCAUCGGCUGGUGCUGGGAGCCGCCUGUCCCGGGCCAGCAACCGCUCCCUCGAGUUCUUCUCGUCCCACCGGCGCCGCAAGCGCAGCAGCCUGUGCCGCCGGAAGGUGACCCAGGCCCGAGAAAAGCGCUUCACCUUCGUGCUAGCUGUGGUCAUGGGCGUGUUCGUCGUAUGCUGGUUCCCUUUCUUUUUCACCUACAGCCUGUAUGGCAUCUGCAGGGAGGCCUGCCAGGUGCCCGAGACUCUAUUCAAGUUCUUUUUCUGGAUCGGUUAUUGCAAUAGCUCCCUCAACCCGGUUAUCUACACCAUCUUCAACCAAGACUUCCGGAGGUCCUUCAAGCACAUCCUGUUCAAAAAGAAGAAGAAGACCUUCUUGCAGUGACCCCCGGUGGGCUCGGGGUGGGGCUGAAGGAGGAAGGAUGGAGGGAGCCCCGAAGGGGCGGCCGGGCAGGGCCUGAGCAGGAGGGACUACUGGAGGGGUGGCUCGGAGUUGGGCAAUGUUGAGGAGAGAGACGAAAGGACACCUGAAGGGUGGGGGGCGCAGGAGCAGGGAAAGGGGAUUGAAGAGAACAGGAGGAGAAGGUGGAGGAGGAGGGAAGGAUGGAGAGGAAAGGAAGAUGGAAAAGGAGAAACCUUACUUAGUUCGAAGUCUGCGCGAAAGCUGUUUUCAGAAGCCGGCCUAUCCGGUGCAAGUCCACCGGAUUCCGGCUGAGGGCGCACACUGCGGGUAAGGUUUGGCCGGACCGCGGGACCAGAUUUGGAUAGCUGGAGAAAAUGAGGCAGGGGAAAAAUUAAGGAAAAAGGGCCGGCUUGACCGUGAAGGGCAUCGACAAUCUUUUGAUUACCUGAAAGUAUUUAAAAUGUUUGCCAAAAAGAAGGAAAAAAAAAGAAACCAAACUUAUUUUCUAAAUAAACCUUUGUAAUCUAAA